CGACGUAUAUUAAUCGCAUCGUCAGCUCCCUUAUACAACCCGCAUUUUUUUCCACAUGAAAAAAUUUAUCGCCUAGGAAGAUCCAAUGGCUAUCUCAGACUCGCUUCCGCUCCAGCCCCAGCAGUUGUUAUGUCUCACUAUCACUGCAUAUCGCAAACCUGGACUCAGUGAAACUGAGUACCGAGAUUACAUGACUAAGGUCCAUGCACCCUUAGUUAGCGGCCUUAUGAAAGAAUAUGGAAUUGUGCGGUACAACAUGACCCAUAACGACAGUCAGAGUCGGCCAUUGCUUUUCCAGCUCUACGACCCUGAGUUCUCGAAACUUUCUGACUAUGACUGUAUUGUGCAAUUUGUAUUCCGAAACAUGGAAGACUUUCUACGCAUGAAGGCUGAUCCUCGGUUCUUGGAGAAAGUUGCUCCUGACCACAAAAACUUUGCCGACACUCAAAGGUCAACCAUGACUAUUGGCUACUUCGAAGAGUUUCUGGAUAACGGAGAGAUCGUACCGAAAUAAAUAAUAGCUUCGACGAUAACUAGUUUUGCGAUGGGCCUUGUAUUACAGGUUGUAGUAACCUAGCAUCAGAAUAUCGAUGUAGAACUUGGAGGAAUACAUGGUUGCCUUUAGGAUACGCUAAUAAUGCUGCUAAGAUAGUAUGAACAAUACAGAGACGGUUCUUUGCAACCAAUAGUUAGACCCUAAUAACUACUCCACGGUGCAUAAAACUGAAUAUUCACAGAAGAGAGAGAUUCAUAUGCGGU